AUGCCUCGAAACCUCCACGAGCUGCCCGCGGAGCUAUUGCAUAGCAUCGCGGGAUUCCUCCCCCAGGAGAGUCUGCUGUCCCUGCGGCUGGUAUCCCGGAGAAUCAACCACUGCCACCGUCUGCGGCCAUUCGAAGCCCCAAGCCCGGCCAUCGAUCCCAGCCCAGAUACUCCAGAGUACUCACGCCUCGAACUCCUCCCCACCGAGCUCAUCUGGAUGAUCGCCGAGUACCUCCCGAAGCAAGCCCUGCUUCACCUCCGACUAACCUCGCGAACCCUCGAGCAGAAGACCUUCGAGCCCACCCGUCCCAUCUUCAACCAUCACCUCCGCACCCUGCACACCAACCUAUCCAGCUACAGCCUGACCAGCAUCCACCAGCUGGCCACCAACCCAUCUCUCCGCCACAUCCCCCAAACCCUCAAAAUGACCCCCCGCUACGCGCCCCUCUCCCCCAAACGCCGAACCGGCGUCCACCGGCUCAUCAAAUCCCCCACCUCCAUCCCCCAAAUCCGCACCCUCAAGUCCGACCUGAAACACUCGCUCACGAACUGCAGAAACUUCGACGUCGGGCUGGACUGGCAACGCCAGCUCCACAACCACCUGGACACCGACGACGUCCUCGACAUCCUGUACCACAUCUUCACCGAAACCUCCCUCCCGGUCGAAGAACUCACCCUCUUCACCCAAUCCUACCUUACCCCCUGCGAACGUCCCAUGACCUCCUACGACCGCCGGAGACCCGCCAUCCACGCCCAACCACACCUCGCCCGCGCGUGGACCAACCUCCGAACCAUCAACGUCUGGCACCCCUUCAUCAAGCCCUUAACCGACCACCUAAUGGCUCUUCUCCCGCAGAUCAUCACCACCGCGCCGCGUCUCGAGCGCCUAAUCAUGAACGGCGACGCAAUGACACUCAAUCUCCUUGAACUCCAGCGCGCCAUCCUCACCGCCACCCCGAGGUCCACGAUCAGACACCUCGAGCUCAGAGGCUGCCAGGUUCACGUCGGCUUUCUGCGUUCGUGGCUGCUGAGGAACGGUGCCGGGCUGCAUUCGCUGGUCUUUGAUGGCUGUUGUAUUCUCGAGGACAACUUGACUUGGGUGAGUGUUGUGCAGUGCACUAGGAAGUUUUGCCCGCUGUUGAGGUCCGUUCGCUUGAUUCAUGUUUCGAUCUCCGCCGGGGUGGAGGCGUUGAGGGAUGAGUGUGUCGGUGUGGAAAAUUUGGGGGAUGGGUUGGAGAAGCUGCAGGCUAGGGUCGAGGGUGCGUAUGGGGGUAUGGAUUCUAAUUGGUAGAGCGAGUGGGUGAGUGGGUGAGUGAGUACUAGGAGAGUGGGUGGGUGGUAUAUACUAGCAUCUUUCAUUCGGG